AUGUCGUCGUCCUCCUCCUCAUCAAACGCCGGUCUCAACGUCAUCGCCUUGGUCUCAGGUGGCAAAGACAGCUUCUUCUCGGCCCUGCACUGUCUCGAGAACGGGCACCGCCUUGUCGCCCUGGCCAACCUGCACCCCCCUUCUCCCCUGCCUAAACGAGAGGAUGAGGAGACGGACCUCAACUCGUUCAUGUACCAGACUGUCGGGCACCAGGUCAUCCCGCUGUACGCCGACGCCACGGGCCUCCCCCUGUACCGGCAACCCAUCCUUGGCGGCGCCGUGCAGAGCGGGAGGGAAUACUCCACCGUCAGGGCCGCCACUACCACAAGCAGACAAGACGGUGGUGGCACAGCAGCAGCGGAACAGGACGAGACGGAAUCCCUGGUGCCCCUCCUCAAGGCCGUCCUCGCCUCCCACCCCGAGGCCAACGCCCUCAGCGCCGGUGCCAUCCUGAGCACCUACCAGCGCACCCGUGUCGAGUCUGUGGCCCUGCGCCUGGGUCUCGUCCCGCUGGCCUAUCUCUGGAAGUACCCCAUCCUCCCGCCGCCACCCCCGCCGCUGCCUUCUGCCGAGGCACGCGGUGCGGUGGCGGACGAAGCACAGCUGCUGCUGGAUAUGGCAGCGGCAGUUCUCGAGGCGCGCAUCAUCAAGGUCGCCUCGGGAGGGCUGGACGAGGGGUUUCUUUGGGAGAACGUCGCGGCGCCGAGGGGCAUCACGAUGCUCAAGAGGGCCAUGGGGCGGUUUGGGUCUGCGGUUCUGGAGACGGGGGCUAUCUUGGGCGAGGGUGGGGAAUUUGAGACGCUUGUUCUGGAUGGACCGACGAGGUUAUUUGGUAAGAAGGUUGUUGUGGAGGAGGGCGAUCGGUUGGUAGUGAGGGAAGGAGGUGGGAUGGCUUGGCUGAAGGUGAGGCGGGCGAGGGUGGAGGAGAAGAAGAAGAAGACGGCUGAAGAGGAGGAGGAGGAGGAGGAGGAGGAAGAGAAAGGCGAGGGCGCCGUGGUGAGGAGACCUGCAUUGUUUGAUGAGAGGUUUCAGCGGGUGGUUGAUGUGUUGAACGCUGCUGUUGUCGAUGAUGAUGACGACGACGGUGACGACCUCGACCUGACCCCUCUCACCCUCAAAGCGGCUGAUCACUCUUCUCCUGCCUUUUACCACCUUCAUCAACCCGCGUCGCCACCCCAGAUUCUGCAGCAGACCUGGGCCAUCACUCGCCCACAGACAACAGACGCCCACAACCUCCUCACCAUCCAGGAAGAGACCAGCAUCCUAGUCAACGAGAUCCGCUCACACCUGACCACACACAACCUCACACCAGCCUCCAUCAUCAGCACCAUCAUCAUCCUCCGCUCCAUGGCCGACUUCCCCGCCAUCAACACCAUCUACGGCGCCCUCUUUACAGAGCCAAAUCCUCCCUCUCGAGUGACCAUCUCGUGCGGUGAUCUUCUCCCUGACGGCGCCGGCAACAUAGCCAUCUACCUCACCGUCCCUACUAUUGCCCUCGACAGGCAGGGUCUCCACGUCCAGAGCAGAUCCUACUGGGCCCCAGCCAACAUAGGCCCCUACAGCCAGGCCAUCACAUUUCCCCUCCUCCUUGUGGCUGGAGGGACAACAACAACAACAACGACAGAGAGAGCGGUGCACAUCGCAGGCCAGAUCCCCCUCGUCCCAGCAAGCAUGGACCUGCCAGCCGCCGGCAUGGACGUCCAGCUCGUCCUGUCCCUCCAACACCUCUGGCGCAUAGCAGCCGAGCUGCGUGUCCAGUGGUGGACCAGCGCAGCCGUCUAUCUCCCGCGCGCAGAUGAGACCACCACCGCCCUGUCCACGCGAGAGAAAGCCCAACUGGCCUACCGUGCCUGGAAACAAGCACAUAAAUCAUCGUCUACUACUGACGAUGACGACGAUGACGAAGACGGCCCAGACUUAUGGGACCGCAAGUUCGACCCGCGCUACAUACCAGACCUGCCGGACUACACGCUGCUGGCAGACCCGGAAGCAGCAGGCUAUGGCGAGACAACAACAGCCAGUCACCCACCUGUGGUGCCGUUCUGUUUCGCCGCAGAGGUUGACGAGCUGCCGCGGUCGGCCGAGGCAGAAUGG